AUGAAACUUGUAACCAUUUUAUUUGUGAUAAUUUAUAUAUGUAAUGCACAAGUUCCUGCAGAUUUAAUUGACAAAAUUCAUAAAAUAAAAGAACAACGAAUUCAAGAAGUUCAACAACUUGAUAAAAGAGCUAAAGAAAUAGAAAGUAAAAUGGAUAAAUUAUUAAAAGAUGCUGAACAGAUAAAAGUAGAAAGAACAACAACGAAUAUAAAAAAUACGAUGGUAGAAGCUGAUAAAAUGUUAAACAAUUAUACAAAUGAAGAAAUUAAAAAAAUAAAUCAUCAUUAUAAUCAAUAUGAAAUAAAUUUUAAUGCUACUAUUAAAAGUAAUACAAAUAUUUAUAAAAGAAAUGAAAAAGAAUGGAUGGCUCAAAAAAAAUUAUUAAAAUUUUUAAAAAAUGAAGUUAAAAAAGCAACUCUUUCUCUUGAAAAAAAAAGAAUUCUCUUAAAAAAAAAUAGAGAAAAAGAAAAAAAAGAAUUACAAAAAGCUCUUAGAGCUGUUCGUGUUGCUCGUUUAAAUGGUUUAAAAGAAAAAGCUUUGGCUGAAGAACAUCGUCAUGAAUUAUUAAGAAAAGCUGCAUUAGAAGAAAAAAAAAGAACUGAAGAAGAAAUUAAAGAAAGAAAAAACCUUAUUGCUCAAUGGAAAUUACAAAUGAAAGAAUUAGAAAGAACUGAAAAAGGUCAUAUGAAAACAUUACAAGAAAUUGAAGAAAUUAAAAGAAGAAGAGGAAUGGAACAAAGGGUAAAAGAUAUUCAAUUAAGAACUAAAGCUCAAAAAGAAAGAUUUGAAAGAACUGAAAAACAAAAAGCACUUAUUCGUAAAAAAAUGGAAAAAGAACGUAUUGAAAAAUUUAGAAGAGAAUUAUUCGCUAGAAGAUGUGCUAGUUUGACUCGUGCUUAUAAUAAAAGACCAAAGAAGUAUGUCCACGUUUGUGUUCCAAAAAGUAAUAUUGAAUUAAUGGGAAAAAUGAAGAGAUGUUUACCAAUUUGGAAACAAGAUUUACCUUCAUUAAAGAGAAAAUUAAAUGUUGUGGAUCAAGUUAGAAAAAAAAUCGCUAAAAAAUCAAAUUUCCUUGAUCCUCAAAUUGAUUUGAUCGUUCCAGUUUAUUAA